GAUGGCAAUAUGGCUGUAGCUUUCAAGUUUCGCUGGUAGUGUGCGGUGCUCACAUCGUUUCUAGUGUGGUCGAAGCAAAUCCGACGACUCAAAGUUUCUCUUUUAAUUUUUUUAGCUGUCGUUGCUCAUGUUUACAUUGUUUUAACAAAAUUUGUGUAUAUAAAUUUCUGGUUUUUCAACUCCUUCGUCAUCAGAUUCAUGCGACGACAAAAUGGCGUCGCUUGACAAGAUUUUACUGCAAAUUUAUAUUUCAUAUUUUAUUGGUUUAACAUAGAAAAAUAUUUGAAAACAUCGUUUCAAGUUGUUAUUUGUGCUUUUUCUCAAUGAAAUCUCUAAUUGAAAAUUAUUUCAUUUAUCAAUUUUCUUAGUAAUAGUGAAGUCAACUUAUUUUCUUCAAAAUGCACCUGAAUGGCUCAAUGAAAGAAUCUGGGAGUGAUUCCGGAAGUGAGAAAGGUGACAAAUCGGAAUCAAGUGGAUCUGGUUCAGGAAGCGAAAGUGAUAGUGGGUCCAGUUCAUCGGGGUCUGGAUCAGAAGGGAAGUCCGGGUCUGAAAAAUCAUCAGCGCACGAUGGGCAUCAUAGUGAUUACUCCAAAUCUUCACCUAAGAAUAGUAAUGCAAAUUCUACAAAAUCAGAUCAUCAUACUGAUAAAGACUCUUCUGAUGAUUUUCACUCAAAAUCUAAAUCAUCAAAUAAUCAUGGGAAAGUGAAUUCUGAAUUCUGGGAAGAUAAUCCUGACAUUUAUGGCAUCAGAAGAUCAGGUAGAUCUCGGAAGAAGCCUGAUCGACUUAAAGUAGCCGAUAGUGACUCCAGUGAUAAAGGGCGAGGUCAAAAUAGAAAGAGCAGAAAAAGAAGUGACUCAUGGAAUUCAGAUUCAUCAGAUAGUGAUAGUGACAUGAAAGGUUCCCCUCCCCCACCCUCUAAACGACCUGGCCAAAGAAGUGUACCUCUCAGAAAAAAGAAGCCAGCUAGAAGAAGAAGACUGUCUAGUGAAGAUGAAGAAAGUACUGAAGGCUCUGAUGAAGAAUCACAAAAUCGUGCGGCAACACGUCGAGCUGCAGCAGCCGUUAGUUAUAAGGAAGCAAGUGAUGAACAUACUGAUUCAUCAGAUCUUUUGGAUCCAGUAGAAGGUGAAGGCGAAGCUGAAGCAGAACCUGAAGUCGAAGACCACAGUGAAACUAUUGAAAGGGUUUUAGGUCACCGAAGAGGAAAAAAAGGAGUCACUGGGAAUGUGACUACAAUAUACUACAUAGAAGAAAAUGGAGAUCCCAAUGAAGGGUGUGACCCUACUGAUGAAGAGUCGACGGAACCACAGUACCUGAUCAAAUGGAAGGGCUGGUCUCAUAUACAUAACACAUGGGAAUCAGAAAAAUCAUUAGCUGAACAAAAAGUUAAAGGCCUUAAGAAAUUAGAAAACUAUAUUAAGAAAGAAUCAGAAUUGUCUUGGUGGAGAAAACAAGCCGGUCCUGAAGAUAUUGAUUAUUUUGAAUGCCAAGCUGAAUUACAACAAGAAUUAGUGAAGACUUACAACAAUGUUGAACGAAUUAUAGCUGAGCAAACUAGAGAAAUAGAAGGUGGUGGAACUGCUCGUGAAUAUUUUUGUAAAUGGGAAUCUCUCCCUUACGCUGACGCGACUUGGGAGGAUUCUGCACUGAUUGAGAGAAAGUGGCCGGUCCAAGUGGAACAAUUUAAGUCUAGAGAAGGAGCUAACACCACUCCCUCAAGACAUUGCCCUGUUCUAAGAAGAAGGCCCAAGUUUCAUCAAGUGAAAUCACAACCAGAAUAUUUGGGCUCUGAUCAGACAUACGUUUUAAGAGAUUAUCAAAUGGAUGGAUUAAACUGGCUAAUACAUUCCUGGUGUAAAGAAAACUCUGUCAUUUUAGCCGAUGAGAUGGGCUUAGGAAAAACAAUUCAGACAAUAUCAUUUUUAUAUUACCUGUUUAAAUCUCAACAACUGUAUGGACCAUACCUGUGUGUUGUACCUCUAAGUACUAUGACUGCAUGGCAGAGAGAGUUUCAACAGUGGGCACCUGAUAUCAAUGUAGUUGUUUACAUUGGUGACGUCAUCAGCAGAGACAUUAUCAGGCAGUUUGAAUGGAGCUUUCAUCCUUCGAAGAGAUUGAAAUUCAAUGCCAUCCUUACGACCUAUGAAAUAUUGCUAAAAGAUAGGCAAUUCUUAAGACAAUUUAGUUGGGCAUGCUUGUUAGUAGAUGAGGCUCACAGAUUAAAAAAUGAUGAUUCGUUGUUGUACAAAGCAUUGAAAGAAUUUGACACGAAUCACAGGCUACUAGUCACGGGUACUCCAUUACAAAACUCCCUUAAGGAGCUAUGGGCCCUUUUACACUUCAUAAUGCCUUACAAGUUUGAAUCAUGGGAAGAUUUUGAAAAAGACCAUGAAGAUGCUGCCACAAAGGGAUAUGAAAAACUACACAAGCAGUUGGAACCUUUUAUUCUCAGAAGGCAAAAGAAAGACGUAGAGAAAUCUUUGCCUGCAAAAGUGGAACAAAUAUUGAGGGUUGAAAUGACUUCAAUACAAAAACAGUACUAUAAAUGGAUCCUAACGAAGAAUUACAGUGCUUUGCGUAAAGGCGUGAAGGGUUCUAUAAACACGUUCAUCAAUAUCGUGAUAGAACUUAAAAAAUGCUGCAAUCAUGCUCUUCUGACGAAACCUGAAGAUUUCGAAUCAAGAGCAUCGCUUGCUACAACUGAUGCUGUAGAGAAAUUAUUAAGAGGAUCAGGAAAACUGCUUCUUUUGGACAAACUGCUAUGUAGAUUAAAAGAGACCGGACAUAGGGUGUUAAUAUUCUCACAAAUGGUGAGAAUGUUGGACAUCUUGGCAGAAUAUUUACAAAGAAGACAUUUCCCCUUUCAACGUCUAGAUGGCAGCAUUAAAGGGGAAAUUAGAAAGCAGGCUCUUGAUCAUUUUAAUGCCGAGGGUUCAAACGAUUUCUGUUUCCUCCUUUCUACAAGAGCUGGAGGGUUAGGUAUUAAUUUGGCUACGGCUGAUACUGUGAUAAUUUUUGAUUCUGAUUGGAAUCCACAAAACGACUUGCAAGCUCAAGCUCGCGCACAUCGAAUUGGUCAAAAGAAUCAGGUAAAUAUCUACCGGUUGGUAACCGCACGAUCCGUGGAAGAAGAUAUCGUAGAACGCGCGAAACGAAAAAUGGUGCUAGAUCACCUUGUCAUCCAGAGGAUGGACACCACUGGCAGAACAGUUCUCAACAAGCGCGAUUCUUCCGGCACGACGGCCAAUAAUCCCUUCAAUAAGGAGGAUUUGAAUGCCAUUCUGAAGUUCGGUGCUGAGGAGUUGUUCAAGGAUGAUGAUGAAAACGAUGAGGAGCCUGUCUGUGAUAUUGAUGAGAUUUUGCAACGCGCCGAAACUCGCGACGAGGGCCCGGCUAUGGUUGGAGACGAACUCUUGUCGGCAUUCAAAGUCGCCAGUUUCGCAUUUGACGAAGAGAAAGCGGUUAUGGAAGUCAAAAAAGAAACUACUGAAGAGGAAAGCAAAGAUUGGGACGAUAUAAUUCCCGAAAACGUGCGAAAGACAAUUGCCGAGGAAGAAAAGAACAAGGAAAUGGAAGAUUUGUACUUACCACCCAGAAGAAAGAACUUACAAAACAAUAGCGCAGAAAGCAGACGUAACCGAAAGCGUGGCGGCCAAGCUUCGGGUGCUGAAGGUGAUGGGGAAGGGGAGGCCGACGAUAGCUACGCUUCCGAGGGCGAUGCCAGCGCCGACGACGACCGGCCGCGAAAGCGUGGCCGGCCACCCGCCUCGCACAGGGAGAAGAUCAAAGGAUUUACGGAUCAAGAGAUAAGGAGAUUCGUGAAGAGUUACAAGAAAUUUUCUGCGCCUCUAAAACAUCUUGACAGUAUAGCAUGUGAUGCUGAACUGCAAGAAAAACCGUUGGCGGAACUAAAGAAACUAGGCGAGAUACUUCAAGAGAGGUGUAAGGCUGUCUUAAAUGAUACUUCCGAACAGACAAAUGAACCAAGCGAGGGGCGUAAAAAUGCUAGAAAAACGUUUAAACUAGGAGGAGUACCUGUAAAUGCCAAAACGAUGGCAGCUUGCCAAGACGAGCUUGCUCCUUUAGACGGAUUCUUGCCAGAGACUAAAGACGAAAGGUUAAAAUGGCAAUUAGAUUUUAGGACAAGGCCACCUAAUUUCGAUGUUGAAUGGACAGUAGCAGACGACUCAAAAUUGCUUGCCGGUAUUUAUCAAUAUGGAAUGGGCUCUUGGGAGGCUAUCAAAAUGGAUUCUUCCUUUGAGAUUGGUGAGAAAAUUCUGACCAACGAAGACAAGAAACCUCAAGCAAAGCAUUUACAGUCUAGAGCAGAAUAUUUGCUGAAGCUUAUCAAAAAACUUCUUGAUCAGAAAAACGGAAAACAGAAACAAAGAAAGCCACGAAUGAAACGAGGCAAUAAAGAACCCGUCACUAAGGAUAUUAUAGAAGAUGAUAAUAGUUCUGCUGAUGAGAAGAAAGGAAAUAAAACUAAGAAUGAUAAGGCAGACAAGAAUAAAACGAAAGAAGAAAUAUCACACGACGAAGGAAAUGACAAGAGGGAUAAAAACAAAAAACGCUCGAAGAAAGGCGAAAAAGGUCGGCUAAAAGGCGAGAAAGUCAAGGGCCGUAAGAAGCCUGCGGGAGGACCUAUGCAUUUUACCGCCAACCACGAGCCACGUGCCUUAGAGGUGUUAGGUGAUCUCGAUCCUGCAGUCUUUGAGGAGUGUAAAGAAAAAAUGAGACCCGUCAAGAAAGCUCUAAGAGCAUUAGAUAAUCCAGACCAGACAUUGACAGAAUCAGAACAAGUAACGAAAACCAGAACAUGUUUGACUCAAAUAGGGACUCAAAUAGACAUAUGUUUAGAAGAAUAUCCAGAUCCUGAGAAGAAAGUUGAAUGGAGAAGUAAUCUCUGGUAUUUUGUUUCAAAAUUUACAAAUUUUGAUGCAAAACAGUUGUAUAAGUUGUAUAAGUAUGGUCUUAAGAAAUCAGAUACUCCCACCAAACAAAAGAAAGAUGGUAAACACAAAGAAAACAAGGUAAGAAAUGUUAAAAAUAAUCACAAUGCCAAUAAUCAUGUAAAGAAUAAUAAAGAGGCUAAAAAUGAUGAAAAUAAUGUUAAGAAAGAGAAAAGGCCCAAAAUGGAGAAAACCAAGUCUGCAAAGACAAAUGAUAAAAUACCACACACGUCAGGUGUUAAAAGAAAACUGGAAGAAGGCGAAUGUGAUCCAGAAACCAACGAAAAUAAACGGCACGAAAGACAUAAACACAAGCACUCGAGCAAGGAUAGGAGCCUGAAGCGCGAUGAUUUGACCUACAGAGAACGUAGUCGAUCGGAGCGGGAGCGGGAUCGCGAGCGGGAUCGAGACCGGGACCGAGAGCGGGACCGGGACCGGGACCGGUCGCGCACGCGGCGCGACAGCGGCGGUGCGGCGCCGCGCGCGCGGCCCGCCUACCCGGCGCACGCGCACGCCGAGCACGCCGCGCACCCCGCGCACCCGCCGCUCCCGCCCCACCCCGCCUGGACGCCGCCCGCCUACCCCGGCCCGCGCCAGUACCGCGGCGACCGGAACCCGAGGCCGCACGACAAGAGGAGUAGGUACGGGUACGGCGGCAUGGCGGGCAGCUACGGCGGUUACUACGACGGCGCGGCUAUGCCCGGCGGCAUGGGCUUCCCCCCCGCGCGGUCCUACCCCGAGGACUGGCGCGGGUACUCGCAGCCCGAGUACUACGACGAACGCGACUACGACCGCGAGGUGUACAGGAGGGACUAUGAUCGCCGCGCCCCUCCCACUUAAAACUUACAUCACUGACGCUUACCUGUAAAUAUAGUGUACAUUCUAGUUUUAGUUAGAGAUUAGACGCAAUCCUUUCCCGUGGACGGCUGAACUGUGAAACUGUUAAGUGUAAGUGACAAAUAGUGCUGUGGUUUUUAUCUAUGUGAUAAGCGGAGCGCAUCGUGUCUACGGAGACUUUGAAUAUUUCAUUGACUGUGUUUUGUAAGUGAGACUGUAUAGUAAAUUUAUUUAUUACUGAAUCUGUCUAUUGUUAAUGUACAGAUUGUAGAUGAAUACCAUUGAUUUUUAUAUUACAUCAAUAUGUUGCCGAUUUUAUCGCUUUAAAAUAUUUUACUGUAAUCUGAUUAUCUAUUUAUUUAAUGCCUCAUCACUAUAAACUUAUAUUUUUAAUUAGACAGAAACAGGUGAUAUAGUUCAUAGUGAUUGUACAAAAUUAGCGAUUGUUAGUAAGCUUGCAUAUUAUUCAAAAUCAUGUGCAAUUUCAGAAUGUAUAGCUUGAUGAAAGGGGCACAUAAACUUUGUCAUUGCAUUUUAGCAGUGGGCAAGAAAGAGUGUUUUUUUUGUACAUUCGUUUCUCGUUCUACAUGCAUUUUCGAGUCCCAUUGGGGCUCAUACAGUCCUAUUUUUAUACAUUAUGUAAAGUCUUAUUCUCUGUUACAUGCAAUUUAAUGUAAUGAGAGCGUGAAAGCGUCUUAAUGGUAUAAACCAUGAUAAUAAACAUAUUAAAGUUAA